AUGUGGAGGACACUUCUAUUAACGAGACAGAACUGCGUGCCCAUUGUGGGGGUGUGCGCUCAAAACGACGGAGGCAGCCACCAGACCAAUAUAGAGCCUUGCUCAUGCUACACUAGCAGCAUGUUGGGUCUAGUGCUCAAUUGCUACGAAAUCAACACAGAAGAGGAACUGAGGUCAAUUCUCCAUGACCCAAGCUUCCCAGUCACCAGUUUCGGCGAAAUAAAGAUCACACACUGCGGAAUGGAGUCCCUAGGAGCCGAUUUGUUUGGCCAGCUUAGUGCCGAUCGAGUCUAUCUGGAGAGCUUUCCUAACCUCAAGUCUCUAGACCCAGAGUUGUUGGCAGGCCCCAUGAGCGACCAUGUUCGAGUUAUUCAUAUUUCGAAGAAUCCGCUGCUGGAAGUGGCUGACCUUCGUCUGUUUGAGAACGUGAAGAGGACCGACCUCAUGGUCACUAUGAUAGAGAAUAAUAUCAAGACAGUCACUCCCCCUUCUAAGCCGAGUAACAUCUACUCGCUUAACCUGGGGCGCAACGCCAUUGCCAGUGUGACUGGGGACAUGCUAAGGAAUCUACUGGGAGUGAAGUACCUUUAUUUCUAUGAGAACGGUUUAACCAGUAUUGAACACGGUGCCCUAACUGCCUUGGACUCCCUUGCGGAUCUCCAACUCCACCAAAACGCUUUGGGCCCCGUUCUGCCUGCGGGCGCCGUCGCCGUGUCCGCUUCCCUCACUUCGAUGACGCUGGACAACAACGGCAUCUCGGAGAUUAUGCCCGAGGCGAUCACAGGCUUUUCUCCUAGCGCCUACCUCAGUCUCUGGUCGAAUAACCUUAAGAGCUUCCCCGAGGAGACUUUUCGCCCUAUGCUGGAGCGCCUGGCCGAAGGAGGGGGCGUCUGGAUGUGUAUGAUGAAGGAAACGGACAUGGUACUAUGUGAGAGUGCUGCUAGGACAUCAGAUAUAAACAAGCCCUAUUAA